AUGAACCGUGACACUGCCUUACCCUCCAGGUCAACUCUGCCAGGGAGCAGGCCCGCAAUUUCGCGAGGCUGGACAAAGCAUGAAACGGGGCAUCAUCCGGAACCCGAUCGCUGCAGUUCAGGCUCCCUUCUCGAUCUUCCUAGCGAAUUACACCUGCAGCUCAUGUCAUGGCUCGACUUCCGCGAUAUACAAAUGCUGCGCGCCACAAACAGGUACUUUUGGCAUCUUCCAUCAGACACACAGAUCGCCCGUAUUAGACGCGACUAUGUGGCUGAUCUUGUUAGCGCCGAGAUGAAAGAAGUUGCUGAAUCCGCAGCCAACGCUGUAUCGACACAAGCCCCUAAUGAUACUUGUGGCGAUGACGCCUCACAGCGCUUAACGUGUUACAGCUGUCUCCGUCAUCUUCCCAUAUACUCCUUCUCUCGCACUCAAACGACCCGACGUCGUGGAAAGGGGCAUGCAGAUGCCUCCAAACGCUUUUGUGUCGAUUGUGCACUGCGGCUCCAUAAAUGGGAGCCUGGAAUCUCUCUCUCUUUUUCAUGGGGGGACGCUGUCUAUUGUCGACGAUGUCGCGGUUUAGUGCCUCUACGUAAUACUCCCGCUGAAUGGGCCGGGACUCUUGGGCUGUGUGAGGGUUGUCAGGCCGUGUUGGGAAUCCCAGAUUGGCGUCAACAUGAAGGAGAGGGAACUCGGGGAUUUUGGUAUGGGGCGAAAGCGUUACUAGAUCGGAACUUUGCGGAACAAAGGAAGGGAACGCAUAGCGAAAGGGUGGAUAUGUGGGAGACGCUUAGGGCGGAAAUUGCGAGCUUGAGGCUUUCAGAGAAAUUGGAGGUGUAG